AUGAUCCCCUCAAACCUCUACUUGAACCAGGUUUUCUCCUGGGUGAUGCUGUGUCUGGCCUCAAUGCAUCCUAUCCUGUGCUUUCCUGUGAUGCUGAAACAAGACUGCCCAGUACCAAAUAGAAGCCCAGACCAUAGAUACCAAGGAGAAACAGCGGAUGAAACAAGAAGUAAAACUUCAGAAGUAGAAGGCAACCAGCCUUUGGAGACUGUCAAAGAAAAUUCAUCCAGCGUAACUGUAGCAAGCCCUGAGGUGGAAAAUCAAGCAGGCCAGACUCUGGAGAACAGCUCACUAAUGGCAGAGCUCCUGAGUGAUGUACCCUUUACUUUGGCCCCACAUGUACUGGCAGUACAGGGCACCAUCAGCGACCUUCCUGACCAUUUACUCUCCUGUGAUGUCAGUGACAACUUGUCAAGAUUCUGUUCUCUUGGAGUACACAGUUCAGAAAAGGACUUUUCCCCCAUUCAUAUCAUCAUUCUUCAGAGAGUGGUCCCCCAGAUUGUGAGCUCACACACAAUCACAGAGACUAAACAGCAUGGCGGAGAAAAACUAAUGGGAAUCCGAGAAUUCUCCUGCAUCUGGUGUCUUAACCAUGACCUUUGGCCAAACCUGACUCAUUGCUUAUUUUCAUAAAUAAAAUUUUACUGGAAAAUA